AUGUUUUUACUCUGUGAGUCCCAAAGCCGAUCCUUCUCAUUUUCCUUCUCUUGACCCUUUGACUCUGCUGUCUCUGUCUCUGUCUCUCUCACAAACAACCAAAACCCGCAAAACGCAAAACAGGAAAAAAGUAAUUAAAGAUUAAAGGCAAAGCCCCUAUUGCAAGUACAAAUUUUGUAGAAAGCUGAAGAGAUUUUGAAUCUUCUCAGGAAUCUUCUUCUUAGAGCUAGCUGUAUCAGAGUCAACCAUGGCCAUGGCGGCGGCCUGCUGUUUGUUGACCCUAACCCUAACCGUGAGCCUCGUUCCCUUGGUCUAUGGAAACUCCGAAGGAGACGCUCUGUACACGCUCAGGCGGAGCUUAUCGGAUCCCGAUAACGUGCUUCAUACAAAAAUAACAUUCAAGGAACUAUUCCAGCUGAGCUUGGUAACUUGAAGAGCCUCAUUAGCUUGGACUUAUAUAACAACAACUUAUCAGGGACCAUUCCUUCUUCAUUGGGGAAAUUGAAAUCACUUGUGUUUUUACGUCUCAAUGAUAACAAGUUAAUUGGACCAAUCCCGCGGGAUCUUGUUGGUAUUUCAAGCCUCAAAGUUGUGGAUGUAUCCAACAAUGAUUUAUGUGGAACGAUUCCUACCAGUGGACCAUUUGAGCACAUCCCUUUAAACAACUUUGAGAAUAACCGUCGACUCGAAGGCCCAGAGUUGUUGGGGCUUGCAAGUUAUGACACAAACUGCUCAUGAUGAAGAACGAAGACGGAAUCUCAACUCUGCUUUGAAUUAGAUAUGUACGUCCUAAAAGUAUAUCGUCGCAUUUUAAUGGGAUUGGUUACAAACUCAAUCCCCCAUAUAAGCAAGCAUAUUUGUAAAUUUUAUGACACUAAAUGGCAUCGGCACUUGUAACUGUAUCGUUGUCCUCUUGGUAAUAUGUCGAAGACCUUAUUUGCAUUGAUGUAGUACAAGCGAAAGUUCUAGUUAUAGUGAAUUAGUUUGACUCGCUUGCUCAUAGUAAA